AUGGUGCCACUACCAGCUCAAGGCCACCUCAAUCAGCUUCUCCGUCUUUCCCGUCUCAUCUCAUCCUAUGGUAUUCCCGUCCACUACGUCGGAACCACCUCCCACAGCCGCCAAGCCAACCUGCGCAUCCACGGAUGGGAUCCACUCGCCGCCACAAACAUCCAUUUCCAUGAAUUUCCAACCCCUUCCUUUCUCUCUCCCCCUCCUAACCCUAAUGUCUCCUUCCCAUCACAUAUUAUGCCAUUAUUUUAUGCAUUAUUGAGGCUUCGCGAGCCUGUUGGUGCACUCCUACGCUCACUAUCAACUGCAAGUAAAAGAGUCCUCGUCAUUCAUGACUCUCUAAUGGCUUCGGUCGUGCAAGACGUCCCUUCAACACCGAACGCCGAGUCUUACAGUUCUGAAAGCGUAUCAGCUUUUUUCAUCUCCUUUUGUGUGACAUCGGAGUUUAUGGAAUUUAUACAAACACAACAACAGCACGGGAGCUUCAACUCUGGAUCUCUUUACAACACAUGCAAAUCAAUAGAAGAUCCGUACCUUGAUAUGCUAGCAGAGGACCAGAUUAAUGGAACUAAGAAGCAAUGGACUAUUGGGCCUUUCCAUCCGGUUGAAAUAUCGAAGGACGAAGUCCACUAUGUCGGAACCACCACCCACACCCGCCAAGCCAAGCUGCGUGUCCAUGGUUGGGAUCCUCUCUCCGUCAACAACAUCCAUUUCCAUGAAUUGCCAUCCCCCUCCUUUCUCUCUCCCCCUCAAGACCCCAACGUCUCCUUCCCAUCGCAUAUUGUGCCAUUACUUUAUGCAUCAUCGAAACUUCGUGAUCCUGUUGCCACACUUCUACAAGCUCUCUCAACUACAACUAAAAGAGUCGUCGUCAUUCAUGACUCUCUAAUGGCGUCACUUGUCCAAGACAUCCCUUCAAUAUCGAACACGGAGUCCUAUAGUUUCCAUAGCGUCUCUGCUUUUUCUUCUUGCUUGUUCCUCUCGGUAUUGGGAAGACCUGUCUCAAUUGGACAAGAUAUACUAAAAGAGGCUCCAUCAAUGGAAAGCUGUGUAACAUCACAGCUCAUUGAAUUUAGUCAAACACAACAAGAGCACAAGAAUUUCAACUCUGGAACUCUUUACAACACCUGCAAAGUAAUAGAAGAUCCAUAUCUUGACAUACUUGCAGAGAACCAAACUGCUGGAACUAAGAAGCAAUGGGCUAUUGGACCAUUUAAUCCAGUAGAGAUAUGGAAGAACACAAAUUCAAGUACCCGCCACCCAUGCUUGGAGUGGCUUGACAAACAGGAUUGGGCUUGUAGACAUGAGAUUGUGACGUCAUUAUUGGUGGAAAAUGCUGUUAAAAAAUUGAUGGCGUCAACCGAAGGAGACGAGAUCAGGAAGAGGGCGGCAGAUUUGGGUGGUUCUAUUCGGCAAUCUGCGGAGGACGGCGGAGUUACUCGUAUGGAGUUGGAUUCUUUUAUUAGUCACAUCGCUAGAUAG